AUGUGCUUUCUCAAAUGGUAUGGGGCAUAUAGCAAGGCAGACCAGUAUCACUUCAAUUUGUUCAUGAGGUCAGUGGCAAAUAUUAAGCUUUUGACAUCAGCUCCCUCCCACCAACUGAGAGCGCAUCUGAACAACAUUUCCUGUGCACCUACCAACAAUUGCAGGAAUGAGCUUCCUCCUCAAGAGUGGAGAUGGAAACAUGUAGGAGACACCCGGGUGCCAAUUAUAACAGAAGAUUUAUCAGCACCGGUGAUCCUACUAAAAACGAUAUUUUGCCGCUACACCAUGUAUUGUGGUAGUGGCAAAUGUGGAUGCCAUAAAGCAAUGCUGAACUGUUCUGCAGCGUGCCUCUACCGCCAAGGAAAAUGCCUUAAUGACGUGCCUGUUGACGAGGACGACGAUGAAGAGGACGUUAAGCCCCUUCAGCAAGAACCACCCACCACUGAAUGUGAAGAUGCCAUGGAUGAAUAA